GAAAGUUACUCUCUCCUUCUUCGUUAGGCAAUCCUCCUUUUCGUGGGGAGUCUGCCUUCGUUGGCACGUACAGUUUUCUAGUGUUAAAGGAAUCCCCUAACAUCCACCAUGGUGAAUUUCACAGUUGAUGAGAUCCGUGUGAUGAUGGACAAGAAGCGGAACAUCCGUAACAUGUCCGUCAUUGCCCACGUGGACCACGGAAAGUCAACUUUGACCGACUCCCUUGUCUCCAAGGCCGGUAUCAUUGCCAGCGCCAAGGCUGGAGAAACCAGGUUCACCGACACCAGGAAGGAUGAACAGGAGCGUUGCAUCACCAUCAAGUCAACGGCCAUCUCCAUGUACUUUGAGCUGGAGGACAAGGACUUGGUGUUCAUCACCCACCCCGACCAACGAGACAAGGGUGACAAGGGAUUCUUGAUCAACUUGAUUGACUCUCCCGGACACGUAGACUUCUCCAGUGAGGUGACAGCUGCCCUCCGUGUCACCGACGGCGCUCUGGUCGUCGUAGACUGUGUGUCUGGAGUGUGUGUGCAGACCGAGACUGUGCUGCGACAGGCCAUUGCCGAGAGGAUCAAGCCUGUUUUGUUCAUGAACAAGAUGGACAGAGCUCUGCUUGAGCUGCAGCUGGACUCUGAGGACCUCUACCAGACUUUCCAGCGUAUUGUGGAGAACGUCAACGUCAUCAUUGCUACUUACAGCGACGACAGCGGCCCCAUGGGUGAAGUUCGAGUUGACCCCAGCAAGGGAAGUGUGGGUUUCGGGUCAGGUCUGCACGGAUGGGCCUUCACCCUCAAACAGUUCUCUGAGAUGUAUGCUGACAAGUUCAAGAUCGAUGUCAACAAGCUCAUGAACAGACUGUGGGGAGAGAACUUCUUCAACCCUAAGACCAAGAAGUGGGCCAAGCAGAAGGAAGAGGACAACAAGCGAUCUUUCUGCAUGUACGUCCUAGAUCCUAUUUACAAGGUGUUUGACUCUAUCAUGAACUACAAGAAGGAAGAGGCUGCUUCUCUGAUGCAGAAGCUUAACAUCGAGCUGAGGCCCGAGGACAGGGACAAGGAUGGAAAACAACUCUUGAAGGUCGUGAUGCGUACCUGGUUGCCAGCUGGAGAAGCUCUGCUUCAGAUGAUAGCCAUCCAUCUGCCCUCGCCUGUCGUGGCGCAGAAGUACAGAAUGGAGAUGUUGUACGAGGGACCUCUGGACGAUGAGGCUGCUAUUGGUAUCAAGAACUGUGACCCCAACGCUCCCCUUAUGAUGUACAUCUCCAAGAUGGUACCAACAUCUGACAAGGGUCGAUUCUACGCUUUUGGACGUGUUUUCUCUGGAAAGGUAGCCACAGGAAUGAAGGCCCGCAUCAUGGGACCCAACUACACCCCUGGCAAGAAGGAGGACCUUUACGAGAAGGCCAUUCAGAGAACCAUCCUCAUGAUGGGGCGUUACGUUGAGGCCAUCGAGGACGUUCCUUGUGGAAACAUCUGUGGUCUGGUCGGUGUUGAUCAGUUCCUGGUCAAGACUGGAACCAUCUCAACAUUCAAGGAUGCACACAACUUGAAGGUGAUGAAGUUCAGUGUGUCACCUGUGGUGCGUGUGGCCGUUGAGCCCAAGAACCCAGCUGAUCUGCCCAAGCUGGUGGAAGGUCUGAAGCGUCUGGCCAAGAGUGACCCUAUGGUACAAUGUAUCAUUGAGGAGUCUGGAGAACACAUCAUUGCUGGUGCUGGUGAACUGCAUCUUGAAAUCUGUCUCAAGGACUUGGAAGAAGACCACGCUUGCAUCCCCAUCAAGAAGAGCGACCCUGUGGUGUCGUACAGAGAGACAGUGUCAGAAGAGUCUGACCAGAUGUGUCUGUCCAAGUCUCCCAACAAACACAACCGUCUGUUCAUGAAGGCCUGCCCCAUGCCUGACGGUCUGGCUGAGGACAUUGACAAUGGAGAAGUUAACCCAAGAGACGACUUCAAAGUGCGAGCACGUUAUCUUGGAGAGAAAUACGAAUAUGAUGUAACAGAAGCUAGGAAAAUCUGGGCGUUUGGACCCGACGGAACAGGACCCAACCUGCUGGUGGAUUGUACCAAGGGAGUGCAAUACCUUAACGAGAUCAAGGACUCCGUAGUCGCAGGAUUCCAGUGGGCGACGAAAGAGGGUGUGCUCUCAGAAGAGAACAUGCGAGGAGUGAGGUUCAACAUCUACGACGUGACACUCCACGCUGACGCCAUCCACAGAGGAGGUGGUCAGAUCAUCCCCACCACCAGGCGUUGUCUGUACGCUUGCAUACUGACGGCAGCACCCAGACUGAUGGAGCCCGUCUACCUGUGUGAGAUCCAGUGUCCCGAGGUGGCCGUUGGAGGCAUCUACGGUGUGCUCAACAGAAGGAGAGGUCACGUCUUUGAGGAGAUGCAGGUGGCUGGUACACCCAUGUUUGUCGUCAAGGCGUAUCUGCCCGUCAACGAGUCGUUUGGCUUCACAGCUGAUCUGCGUAGCAACACAGGAGGCCAGGCCUUCCCACAGUGUGUGUUUGACCACUGGCAGAUCCUGCCUGGUGACCCCACAGAGAGCGGAACCCGCCCCUUCGGUGUUGUACAGGACACCCGCAAGAGGAAAGGGCUGAAAGAAGGACUCCCCGACCUGACACAAUACCUGGACAAACUGUAAACUACAACUCCAGAAAGACAAGCCAUGUAAAAAGUCGUUCCAGCCCGAGCGAGGCCACACAGACGAUAUUUAUUUUAUCAUUCAAAUAUUAUGUUAUUUUUAUAUAUAUCGGGGGGCUGUUGUUAUCUUGUUUCCAUUUUUAUUAAAUAUUUGUAACGUUUUUCCGUUCCAGUUCUUUUUAUUACAUUAUUUGUGGAUUUUAAAAAGUGUAAUUUAUAAUGAUGGUUUGACCUCAAAAAGAUUUUUUAUUUGAAUGAGAGAAUGUACGGAAGACAGAGUAAAAGAGAUAGACCGGUUCAGUUGAA